AUGGACGGCAUCAAGAAGGCGUUCGCUCGAGCGAAGAGCGAGGGCAGACCUGCCCUUGUCACAUACACAACUGCUGGCUACCCGACCAUUGCAGAGACUCCCGACAUUUUAUUGUCCAUGGAAGCUGGCGGGGCCGAUAUCAUAGAAUUGGGCACACCCUUCACAGACCCAAUCGCCGACGGCCCUACGAUCCAGACCGCCAACACACAGGCACUCGCCAAUGGCACGACUACGAAACAUUGCUUGAACAUCGUGAAGACUGCACGGAGUAGAGGCCUCAGAGCACCCGUACUGCUCAUGGGCUACUACAAUCCGCUAUUGGCAUACGGCGAAGAGCGUAUGCUGCAGGAUGCCAAAGCAGCAGGCGUCAACGGCUUCAUCAUGGUCGAUCUGCCACCAGAGGAAGCGGUCCGAUUCAGAGGGCAUUGCACAACAUACGGCCUCUCAUAUGUGCCAUUGAUUGCUCCUGCUACAAGUGAGAAGCGUAUGAAGUUGCUAUGUGGCAUUGCAGACUCCUUCAUCUACGUCGUAUCACGCAUGGGUGUUACAGGUGCUACGGGAGCCCUGAGCUCCGGCCUGCCAGAUCUGCUUGACAGAGUUCACAAGUACUCUGGAGGCGUGCCGGCGGCUGUCGGCUUCGGUGUGAGUACUCGUGAGCAUUUUGUGCAAGUUGGUAAAGUCUCAGAGGGUGUCGUUAUUGGCAGUCAGAUCAUCACAACAAUCAAGAAUGCUGCAAGUGGCAAGGGAGCCAAAGCUGUUGAGGAAUACUGCCACACAAUCACUCAGCGACGGAAUCCUGCUGUCAGUGUUACCAAUGGUGGUGAAUCCAACGGGCAUGAUAUCUCAACCGCCGCGAACCCAGGUGGCGACGGCAGCGGCUGGGUGAACAAGACCAACGGAGAAGCACCCAAGGAGAUAUCCACUGCGGACCCUACAAAACAGCCCGACAGCGAGAGCUUACCGUCGAACGGCACCGUCCACGUCGAUGCUGUCGUGAAGGAGUCCAACGGUCCUGGCCUAGCAGAUCAGCUCGAAGCUCUCAACACAGAGGGCAAAGACACCGAGCUGAUGCCCUCGCGGUUUGGACAAUUCGGUGGACAGUACGUCCCCGAGUCACUGAUGGACUGUUUGGCGGAGCUUGAGCAAGGCUUCAACGAUGCACGAAACGACCCGAAGUUCUGGGAAGAGUUCAGGUCGUACUACCCGUACAUGAGCAGGCCUUCGUCACUACACAAGGCAGAACGCGUGACAGAACAUGUACGGAAAGAGGCCGAGCAAGGCUAUGGUGCGAACGUAUAUCUGAAGCGCGAGGACCUGAAUCACACAGGAUCACACAAGAUCAACAACGCAGUCGGCCAGAUUCUCAUCGCGAGACGGCUGGGGAAGACGGAGAUUAUCGCAGAGACAGGCGCGGGUCAGCACGGCGUCGCCACCGCUACCGUUUGUGCGAGGUUCGGUAUGAAGUGCACAGUCUACAUGGGAGCAGAGGACGUCCGGCGCCAAGCAUUGAACGUAUUCCGCAUGAAGCUUCUCGGCGCGAGUGUGGUUGCAGUCGAGUCUGGCUCACGAACACUACGAGAUGCAGUAAACGAGGCCUUGAGGAAAUGGGUCGAGAAGCUGGACACAACUCACUACAUCAUCGGCUCGGCGAUAGGACCUCAUCCCUUCCCUACCAUGGUACGAACAUUCCAGAGUGUCAUCGGGAACGAGACAAAGGAGCAGAUGCAUGAGCUCACCGGCCGCCUACCGGAUGCCGUCGUGGCGUGCGUUGGCGGUGGCAGUAACGCUACUGGCAUGUUCUUCCCCUUCUCGAACGACCCAAGCGUCCAGCUACUCGGCGUGGAAGCUGGUGGUGACGGCGUCGACACGAACAGGCAUAGCGCUACUCUGACAGGAGGCAAGCCAGGUGUACUUCACGGUGUACGGACCUACGUUCUUCAGAGCGCCGAAGGCCAGAUCGAGGAUACCCAUUCAGUGUCCGCAGGUCUUGACUACCCAGGUGUUGGACCAGAGCUCUCAGGCUGGAAGGAUAGCUCGCGCGCCAAGUUCAUCGCUGCCACGGAUGCUGAGGCUUUCAUCGGGUUCAGACAGUUGUCGGAACUGGAGGGCAUCAUUCCUGCAUUGGAAACAAGCCAUGCCAUUUUUGGUGCAAUGGCGCUGGCCAAGACGAUGAAAGAAGAUCAGAACAUUGUCAUUUGCUUGUCCGGCAGAGGUGACAAGGACGUACAGUCGGUGGCAGAAGAGCUGCCCGUGAUAGGACCAAAGAUUGGUUGGGAUCUGAGAUUCUAG